CUCAUUCUUCUAGUUUCGGGUUGAAGUUAUCAUAAUGGAGAUAUGCCUUCUUAUACAAACCACUUACAGCUUCAGGGAUGACACGAUAUCAAAAAAAAAAUUUGUUGCGAAACUGGUCAACGACCUGUCCGAACUGCUUGCAGUUUCUAAAACUAUAAUCAGCGUUCUUCUACAAACUGAGCAAUGUAUAUAUUUAGGUGAAACCGAGGAAAACGCAACGUUUGUGGAAUUUUUUUCAACUAAGAAAUUUCUUGAUCUUAGAAAGAAACUUGAACUAGAAAAUUUUAUGGAAAUUUUUUUAAUUUCACAUUUUGGGAAGGAAUUUGAAGGAAACUGUCGAAUGAAAUUUUUGGUUGACUUCUUUUCUUUUGAUGAGUUUAUUAGCUUGAAGACGCAAGAAGAAAAGAUCCCCCUCGCUUCCAUUUCCAGACAAACGAGACUAUUAACUGAUUCAGUUUCACCAGCACAUAACCGUAACAAAGAUCUUCUGAAAAACAUUUUCCCCCAACAAGAAUUAAUUUUGCCGCCGGAAGAUAACAUUCCGCAAGAAAUCACAACUCCUAUGAAAAAAGUUCAUAAUAAAGGCGAUAAAAGUUAUUCGGGUUCAAAACGUACCACAUGCUCGAUUUGUAAAUCACGGAAAACGACAACAGUUUGUUCUGCUUGCCCUGAGAUCAGCGUGUGUAACACAAUUCGUCAAAAAAGCACGUGUUUUUUAAAGCAUUUGGAAAUGGUUCAUCCGUUAUCCGUCGAAAAAUAUAAACAAACGAAAAUUUAAUAUUAGC